AUGGCUCUCCCCCUCACUGGCAAGCUUGCCAUUGUUACCGGUGCCUCUCGAGGUAUCGGCCUGGCCAUCACCAAAGCCCUCGCAGCCCGCGGCGCAAACCUCGUCCUCGCUUACACAUCCGCCAACUCUGCCGACUCAACAGCCAGUCUCGCCUCUGAACUUUCCUCAAAACACUCUAUAAAGGUCGUCCCUGUGCAGGCUGAUCUUGGCGUCCCUACGGGUCCUGCCUCGCUCAUCUCCCAGGCCGCUGAGGCGUUUCACCCAUUGCGCAUCGACAUCCUCGUCAACAACGCUGGUGUCGCUCACAACAACAAGCUACCCGAUAUUACAGUUGAUGACUUCACCACCAGCUUCAACGUCAAUGUCAUGGGUCCUAUGCUCCUUGUCCAGGCCGCACAGCCCUACCUUCCCAACGACCGUUCAGGCCGUAUCAUCAACCUCAGCAGUGUAAGCGCCAGUCUGGGUUUUGUAGGCCAGAGUGUUUACGGCGGCACAAAGGCUGCUCUCGAGGCCAUGACACGCACUUGGGCUCGUGAGCUGAGCGAGAAUGCCACCGUCAACGCCAUCAACCCUGGCCCUGUCCGUUCGGAGAUGUACUCGCGCAACUCAGACGAGUUCAAGCAACUCAUCAAGCCCUUUAUUCAGAAUGCGCCCCUCAUGGCUGCUCGCGCCGGUGUUGACGAUCCUGAGAUCGUCGAGGAGGCUAAAACAGCUGGCGGUCGCGCAGGUGAAGCUGAUGAGAUUGCUGGUAUUGUCGCUAUGCUAGCUAGUCCUGAGAGUGCGUGGUGUACUGGUCAAGUCAUUUGUGCCAACGGUGGAAUGAUCUUUGGGAUGCAAUAG